UGACCCCCCAUACUGAUCCUCUGCUUUGCUAUUUUAUAAUAUUUGUGUAUGUAAACACAAAAUAACCGAGAUUGUAUGUAUAUGUAAAUAUACUUUAUGUGUGACUAUUAAUCCGGCGAUCGCAAGAGGAAGUGUCUAAAGCCCUCUAAAGCAGCGGUUGGGAAUCGGGAGAGGUGUCUAUAUCUCUAUAUUAACAGAUUCACUUCUUAGCUAUAACGAUGGUCGUGAUAACUGACAAAAGUCAUUGCAUAUGACAUAAAUCAUUAGCAAGGAGACGCUGUGCAUAGAGGAGGCCUUUGAGAAUACUUCUGUUGGGAUCAACCUAUGGUUCCGCCGAGAUCUUUUUCUGCACGAUCACGAUUUACUACAUAUGCAGUGCUUAUAUAAACCAUCUCGCGCUACACCAAAUACACAGCGUAACGAAUAAUAACCAACACCAAUUAUAGGUUAGUGUUCAAAAAAUAUUCAUAUAUAGCAAAUAUAGUCUUGGCGAGUGUCAUGUCAGGCCAGAAGAGGGGCACAUCCGACAGACAGCCAUUGCCAACACGCCAGAGCCCACUCUCGCUGAAGUUAAAUGCAGUCACAUACACUAGUGGAAAAGCAAACACCCGGUUAAGCACACAAGAUGAAGUGUACUCACAUGCACAAUACAAUGCAGAGGAAGCAUUGAGUGUACAAAACGCCCAGAAUGCUACAUUAGAUAGAAAUAAGGAUAGCGCGCCGAGUCAAAUUAAUAUUAACGCAGACAUGGCACAACAAGCGCCUGGUGAAAAUAAUGGAGUGGAGAUAAAUAUGAUAAACACACGCGCCCAGCGGGUUGCUGAUAUGUAUGAUAGCAGACACGGCACUACAGGCACUAUAAGUCGACAGAUCAGUACGCGCACGGGUAAAGAUGUGGCUACAAGCAGGUCUAUUUCGUUGAGGGAAUCGACUUCAGAAACAAUCAAUCGCACAGAGUCCUGUACUGCCUUGGGCGGUCAACAUAUAGUGCCGGGUCCAUAUGCACGCGCACAGCCGAAAUCAGAUGCACACAGCAGCGCAAAUUUGAAUAUAAAUCUCAACCUCGAAAGGAUGAGGCCGUUCGGACAUUCUACAGAUUCAUUGUCUGGGUCGCGUAUUAGACGGAAUGUGUCCCACCCACACAGUUUGAAUAGUGUAAGUGUGAGUGAAGGCAUCGCGGCCGGUCCCUUAGCUACACUUGCCGAGUUUCCUGUGCAGAAGGAAGGGGAAGAAGAAGACCCCAGGUACACAGACUGGCACAAACCACGCUCAAACUCCGGGGCAUGUCAUGCCAAUGGCCAUGUAUACGGCAGUGUGGACAAUAUAAACAUGGUAUCAAGGCGGAGUGAGGCGUCGACUGGGGGAGAUAGUGAGGAUGGGAUACGAUUCGGUACACAUACAAGUUCUGGUACUGGACAGUUAACGUGGAGCGAGGAUUUCAUGUUCAAUCUAUCGGCGUCGUUCCUGAACUCUCCGCUCGAGCUGGCCUUGAUGGACCCUGCUUUAGAGGACGAUGUCACCGUCACAGGCAUCCAGGAUUCGAUGCUCAGCACCACCCCAGACCUCGACAUGCACAGCCCGUUCAGCCAAUUAAAUACACAGGGCGCCAUACCACAGCAAACACCGGAGGAGACCCCCAUCGGCAGUCUGCCCGGCUUCGGCUCUCCUGAGUGGGUACAAAGGAAGGCGGGGGACGCAGACUUUAUCGGACAAACAGGGUUUGACAACGCUGAGGCGCCCGGCCCACCCGAAGUAACGGCUGCUGAACCUGGAGAGAGUGAGGAAGUACAGGGGUUGCAGACACAACUUUCGGCACUGCAGAUGGGCGGCGUAUAUGAGAGCGUGGAUAACUUCCACGUGGACGCACGGCUGGGUUCGGGUCAGUUCAGCGAAGUGUUCCAGGCAACGAAUACAAUCACGGGGAAACUUGUUGCGCUCAAAAAGAUUAGUAUGAAGGAUGUCGAUGAUAUAUCUACCCGGCAAGACGUUAUCAAGGAGAUCUUUUUGCUACGGGACCUAAGUCACGAGCACAUCAUCCGCUAUUACGGCACCUUUAUGGUGGAUAUGUCGCUGUACAUCGUUCUGGAGUUCGCCGGAGCCGGCGAUUUACGACGAAUGAUCAACCACUUCAAAACCACUCAACGGACGAUACCCGAGCUCGUUCUGUGGAAGUACUUCCUGCAAAUAUGCAAGGGAAUCGAAUAUAUGCAUUCCAAGAAGAUUAUCCACAGAGACGUAAAGCCCGCCAACGUUUUUAUCACCAAGACUGGGAACGUUAAGCUAGGUGACCUGGGUCUGGGCCGGGUCAUGAAGGAUGAUUUCUUGGCAUCGUCCAUGGUGGGAACCCCCUAUUACAUGGCACCUGAGCGGAUUAAAGGGGCCGAUUAUGACCUGUCCUCCGACAUCUGGUCUCUGGGCUGUUUGCUGUACGAGAUGGCGGCACUGAAGUCGCCGUUCUACGCUGAAAAGAUGAGUCUUGUGCUGCUCUGUGAGCGGAUCAAAACUUGUGAGUAUCCUCCGCUUAGCCAAUCCUACACCUCUCACCUGCGAACGGUGGCGAUCGAAUGCAUGCAGGCCGACAAUGCCAAACGCCCCUUAGCAACCACCGUGCGCGAAUCAGCACAGAAGAUGUACGAUGUGCACCUGCAACUCGAUAGCCACCGCGAACGUCUGAAUAUGAGCACAGGCACCUCAUCGCACACUGCAAGGUCUGUGCCUGCACGCUCGCACUCGUGCAUGGAAGUCCGGAGCGGGACUAUACACGGAUAUGGGAAUGGGGGAGGUAAUGGGUCUGUUAGAGGGUCUAUGGCGGGGGCAGAGGGGAAUGGCGGCCUGCCGGGGAUUAGACCGGCGUCUGUGUUUGCUACACAUGUUGAACGGAACGGACACGCGUAUGCAAAGGCCCAGGCAAACGCCCAGGCUCAGGCGAAUAUACAUGCGCACGCACACACACAGGCAAGGGGUUACACCCGCACGCGCACCAUGACAGACGGGGAGGUUGCCUUGGCAACGUCCGCGACUAUUUACGAGGAAAGCGGGUCCAAAGCGAUGCACCGAGUGCGCCGCAACUCGAGCACGAGCAAUUACAGCCCGUCGAAUAAGAAGACAAACUCUCCGUACGCCGUCUCUAUCAACGGGGUGCAUCACGGUGUCUCCUACAAGUACAAGCGCAGCUCAAGCCUCACUUGGAACGAUCCUUUGGGUACUGCCGACUUACAGAGUGGGUUGGCUGGGGGGAGGCUCGGUGCGAAGACGGGUGGGCAUGAGCGACCGCGUGCGCAUACACCGCACCAAUACACCCAGGCCCCCAUGCACCCACACAGACACCCGCAUACACAUACACACAACCACACACCGUCUCAGACCUAUCCUCGGUCCAGUAGUAUGUCGUAUGUCCCGAGCGUGCUCGCCCAAUACCCUGCUCCAAGCACUGGUUUGACCGGGGGGUUGGGGAUAUAUGGGCCACCGCCCGGUUCGCGGUUCCACAGCAGGACUCCAGUGGCCAUAGCAACGGAGUACCCUGCGUUGACCUCGCAACCGCAACCGCACGUUAGUGGAGGUAUUGGGCAUCGGAGGGGCAACCGGACGCUGUAUCGUGUGUCGUCUGCACCCGGUAUACCGAAUCUGAAACAAACUAACAGCACACACAACAGCCCACGCAAUCCUAGCAACGUUCCGGAUGCCACAGGCCAUCUUAAGAGCUACACGAGUGCGAUGAACAGUUGCUCUCCGCUGUCGAAUGCGACUAGUGCCGCGAGCGCACACACUCCCACUCCAGCGCCCAAUCAUGUGGACCACCCUAGUACCCCGGCUGCGGCUGCUAUUUCUACCGCCUCUAGGGCACAGAACCAUGCCAGUACAGGCAUGGACAUCGACGCAAGUGUGGUUACUGGAACGGGUUUGAAUGCACACGGAGGACUGAGUUCGGGCUUGGCAACCACAAAAGCAACAGCAACAAAAAGCUCAUUCCAGAAAGUCAAAUCGAGUGGGUGUGUUGCGAGAAGAAAAUCGGCAUCUGCCGUGGCUAGAAAUAGCAGUGGGCGAAGCGGGACACCAAAUAAGGCGAAGCGCAAAAUGGGCGAUAUGGGGGUGAUGCGGACUAUUAGUACACCCACAGGUGUUGACGACAACCCCCAUGUACGCGCACAGACACCCGCGCAGAGUGGGGGCGAGGCGCAAUUAGGCCGUGACAAGAAGCACAGGGUGGACGAUAAGAUCAACAAUACAAGCGGUGCCAAUUUAGGUGCCUCUGCUGAGAGUGCGAGUUACUUUGCUACCGAUGGAAGCAGCAUGGGUCUUCGAACCUCGUCGAGCGUCUCGGAAUGGAGCCUACUUUUAGGUAUGGAAAGUCCGGGUGCUGAAAGCUCCGGAUCGGGGAAUGCCGCGCGAAACCAAGAUUUGCUAUUUAAUGGCGCAGGAAUCCUUGACCAGGGUCUUUUAUUCGACAAUGGUGGGCUUGAAAUGGGCUUAGAUCUGAACCUUGGAAUCGACAUGGCACUCGAUGAUUUGGAUCUUGGCCUCAUAAUGAAGCUUGACCGCGGCAACGUACCGGAGUUGCCCCCGACGGGUGAGCUGAACGCGGGCAUGGCCCAGGACAUGCUGGACGGUCUAAAAGCAACUGAUUCGGCAACUGAUCCUGUGACCCUAAAGCAGUCGUGCGAUGUCGAGUUGGGAUCGUCGCCGCGUACUUUAGCAGCCAAACCCACACCACACACAAAGUCACCGCUCGUACAGGGGUACUCGAGCAUUCACACGCAGAGUAUGCCGGCCCUGGAGCCAACCAAUACAUCCACUCCCAGCGCUUUGUUUUUGCCCACGCUCGGGCUUGCACUAAGCUCAGAACUGGUGUACGAACCGGCCACAGACUCUGCUCUGUCCUUUCUUUCGGAUCGGGACCGUUUGGACCUAGGUGUAAACCUUGACAUGGGCGAUCAGUUGUACAUUGACAGUGAGGAUCCCGGAACUCUGCGAGAUUCAACACCAUACCACGUGGCACAGCCAUCGCGGGCGAAUACACCGACACCACGCACGGCCUCACCCUGGCCAAUCGACAUGUCGGCCCAUCGCCGCUCUAGUGUGUCUGGGGGUAUGGCAUAUGGCGUGGUGAAGGGUAAUGUCCGUACACGUAUGGGAUCGGUUGGGUCUGCACUUGCGCGCACGCAUGAGUCUACCCCAGCACACGCGGGUGGCAUGCGAGUUACCAGGGCGACCAGACAAGGUCUCCAGCAGAAUGCGGAUUCCGUGUGUGGGUAUACCUACCAGUCCUUGGGCACAAGUGCGUAUGGUGUGUUAACCAGCGAUACAACCGGAAGUGGGGCGAAGACGAAUAAAGGCACAGGUGCAGAUGUGAAUGCAAAUCAACUAACAGCGCUCACACAAGCAUCUACGGAUUCUGCGGUUACGAUCGCAGUGGAUAACGAAUCAAAGAAUGUGGAGCCCACGGACCAAUCAGGAGUCGAGGAGAGCAGUUCUAUUAAUAGUCUGUCAGGUGUGGACAAUCCAACCACUUUCCGCGGUCAGAGGACGGGCCGGACUAUGUCGUCCUCGACUAUCACAAAUAUGACAGCGGAGAUGGCUCUGAAUGAUGUAUCGUUAGAGUGGCAACCGCAACUGAACCAGCAGCGCUCACCGCUGUACCCUCUUGGUAUGCAACUUCCGAGCGAUAGCGCAGGCUCUACGCAGUAUGAGAAUGUGGACUUGGGUGACGGGGGCGGUGCGAGUGAAGUGGACUUUAACCGAGAGGACGGCUUCGGCCGGGGGGUGACAUCGUUCAAGGAACAGUUUCAACAGGUCCAGCGCAAUCUAGAUGGAGAAGGGGAUCUGGUGACAGACUUCCAUCUUCUGGAUGAUUCAGACGGGGUAAAUUAUGUAACAGAUUCUGCUCUGUGGGACGAUAUGGCGUGAACGUCGAUUUGGUGAUGUAUGGUCGAACGAACACGUGUGACGUGAGGGCAGAGAACAAGCCGCACUCUUCUUGCAAGGCAGAGCGGUGCUAAUGGGGGUUAGGAACGAUACCAUUGAAUAUAUGGACACAUGUGGACCUAUUUUAGAGUCUCCCAAAUCCUACAUCCUAAACCCUGAAACCCUGACUGAGGGCGCAUAAUGUUUAAGGGUGGCCUCAGCUCAAACACCUUUGCCGAUUACGGAUGCCAUCUGGAGAGUGGUGUAUUGAUAUAUAGGGCGGGCCGUUGUUGCCAAGUAAAUCAGUACAUAGAGGAGUAUAUAUUUGAAUAAGGUGAUGGUGGGAUAUAAGCAAGUUCCGGCGUGGACGACAAGUGAGUGGUGAAACAACAGAGAUAGACGAUAGUUGUAAGCAGCUGAGGCAAAGAACAGAGGUAGUGAAAAGGAAGAUGUGAUUUUAACAGCAGAGCGGAGUAUGGGACAUCGCAAUUAUAGCCGUAUGCCAUGUUCCUGAAAGGUGGAGCAUAGGCUCUAACUCAUCCCCCCAAUAACUUAAACAUCCGACAAACAGUCGACAUGAAGCAUACACAAGUAUAACAUAGGCAUCCGGUAAACGAUGGAGGGAGCGCAAAGAAUACCCGAGUGCGUAGACAGUGAUACACAAUUUGGCUACUUUUCUGGCGUGAGUGUACGGGUUGAUGGGGCUCGCAAGCGGUAGAUAGAAGUCAUAGCCAUACUCUCAAAGUACAAGUGUGAUAUACGCCGUACGUGAACGAGGCUGCAGCUUAUCGAAGACGGGAGAAAGGAAGUGAAAUGGAGUGAAAGAUUAACAAAUAGCACGUUCAUCCACUAGUCACGGUCACGGUCUGGAGAAUGUGAGGAUAAAUGGCAAAGAAUACGCGAAUCUUUGACCAAUCAAAUUAAUAUUAACCAAGGAGUGGCUAAGUAAUAUUAAUUUUAAAUAAGGAGUGACCAAACAAAAUGAAUUUUAAUUAAGAAAUGAAGAAUAUAAGAGGUAAUUGCGAGAAGAUGAAGCAUCGUGGUGCAAUUUUGUACAUAGUAUGUAUAUCAAAUCUUAUUAGUAAACAAUUAAUUUAGAGACAAACAUCGUCUCUAUUUAUUGAUAGGAAUUAUAAAGCCAGAAUAAAAGUCGCGAGUUGG